AUGCAUGCAGGUGCAGGGGGUAUGAGGGAUAGAGGGAGCACUUUUGCCUCCAUGCCGAAAACUGACGUCUUAAUCGCCGGCAGCGGCUCGGCCGGCAUCUUCGCCGCAGCCUGGCUCGCCAUCUACAACAUCCCCUUCACCAUUCUCGAGCGGCGCAACGGCCCCCUAGAAAUCGGGCAAGCCGACGGCGUCCAAGUGCGCACCGUUGAAAUCUACGAGAGGGUGGUGCAGGGGGGAUCAAGAGGAAGGGCAGGAGUGUGGAUACGCCGCCUGGGUUGA